AAUUCAAACCCACCACUUAUAGAGAGGCGGCAAACAGAGCCAUAAAUCAGAAGAAGGCUAUGGCUAGAGUCAAGACACCGAACCCACAAAAAGUUGGGUCAUCCCUUAGGAAGAGAAAGUUUGAUGGGAGCCGUAGACCCUUUAUCUUUGCACUGUCUAAGUUUGUUACUGGUAAGGGUUCUAAAGAGCUAAUGGUUGUCAAGACUGCGGGUCAAGCAUCAGCAGCCCAGCGUACUCAUCCUACUCCACUUAUUUGCCCCACUUGUGGAAGAGUUGGGCACACCCGUGACCAGUGUCACAUUACUACUGGGGCUUGCUUCAAAUGUGGCAAGCAAGGACAUCGGGUUGUUAAUUGCUCGCAGCUAGACCCCAGAGCUCAGAGUGCAUCACACUCUUUUAUAGCUCAAUCGUAUGCUUUGAAACGAGUUUUACCUAUUGAUACCUCCAAUUUUGAACUACAUGUGAACACCCCUUUAGGAGGGGUGAUGACUACUGGAGAUGUGUAUGUAUUUCCAGAGAAUCUCCCAAGUUUACCUCCAAAUAGGGAGAUUGAAUUGGCUAUUGAUCUUGUUCUGGGCACCAGACCUAUUUUCAAAGCCCCGUACCAUAUGGUUUCUACGGAGUUGAAAGAGUUAAAGGGUGCCCAAGUGUUUUCUAAGAUUGAUCUCCAGUCUGUCUACCAUCAGUUGAAGAUUAAACCUGAUGAUGUGCCAAAGACUGCCUUUCGUACCCGCUAUGGUCACUAUGAAUUUCUGGUUAUGCCUUUUGGCUUAACAAAUGCCCCUGCAAGAUUUUUGGAUUUGAUGAAUUGGCACUUAAGGACAAUUCUCAAGACAUUGAGAAGUGAGAGACGGUUUGCUAAAUUUAAGAAGUGUGAAUUUUGGGUAGAUAAUGUUGCAUUCCUAGGUCACGUUGUGACUAAGGAUGGAAUCUCCAUUGACCCCCAGAAGAUUGAGGCCGUGGUGGAUUGGAAAAGGCCAAAUAGUGUUGUAGAAAUCCGUAGUUUUCUAGGAUUGGUUGGUUAUUAUCGCCGAUUUAUGGGGGAUUUCUCUAGAAUUGCUCUGCCAAUGACCCAUCUGAUCAGGAAGGACACCAAAUUUGAGUGGACUCCAAAGUGUGAGAAGAGCUUUUUGACCCUUAAAGAGAAACUAGUCACUGCUCAUGUACUCGCACUUCCCAUCAAUGGGGAAGGAUUCACUAUAUAUAGUGAUGCCUCUAAAAAGGGUUUGGGAUGUGUCUUGAUGCAGAAGGAUAAGGUUAUUGCAUAUGCUUCAUGGCAGUUAAAGCCUUAUGAAGAAAAUUACCCCACCCAUGAUCUGGAGUUGGCAACGGUAAUAUUUUCACUCAAGAUCUGGAGGCAUUAUCUAUACGGUGAGACUUGUGAAAUUUUUACCAAUCACAGGAGUCUCAAGUAUAUUUUCACUCAAAAGGAGCUUAACAUGAGGCAGAGGCGAUGGCUUGAACUUUUGAAAGAUUAUGACUUGACCAUUAGCUACCAUCCAGGCAAAGCCAACAAAGUAGCAGAUGUGUUGAGUAUGAAGUCUUUUGGCACUGCCUCUAGCAUCCUUACCACCCAGAAGGAGUUACUUAAGGAUCUUGUGAAACUAGAUGUGGAGCUGUGUGUACCAAGAGAUCAUGCUUUAAGGCGUGAGAUUAUGGGAGAUACCCAUAAUACUAGUUACACAAUUCACCUAGCACAUUUCUUACCUUACCGAACUAGCGCAUCCAUUGAGAAGCUUGCCAAUAUGUACAUGAAUGAGAGAGUCAGGGUGCAUGGAGUCCUUGUGUCUAUUGUGUCAUAUAGAGAUACAAGAUUCUUAUCUCAUUUCUGGACAAGCUUGCAGCAGGCACUUGGUACUCAAUUAAAUUUCAGCACGGCCUUCCAUCCUCAAACUGACGGGCAAUCUGAGAGAACUAUUCAGAUACUGGAGGAUAUGUUGAGGGCUUGUGUUCUAGAUUGGAAGGAGGCAGGCGAGAGAAGCAUUUUGGACCCAGAAUUGGUGCAACAGUCUUUUGAGAUUGUGCAAUUGAUCAAGGAAGGCCUUCGUGCUGCACAGAGCAGGUGUCAUCCACUCGAGGUGUCCUUAGGUGUUCAUGAUGUGUUCCAUGUGUCAUUACUUCGGAAGUAUAUUCCCAACCCGAGCCACAUCAUUGAUUCCGAACCCAUUCAACUUCGAGAAGAUCUCACUUAUGAUGAGCACCCGAUCCGUAUUUUAGAUUUCAAGGAGAGGGAAAUGCAAAGAAGGACUAUUUGUUUUGUUAAGCCGCGUGUUCUACUCUUCUUCUUCUUAUCCCCUGCACCGAACAAGGAACCCAAGCCCGACAACAUCACCCACUUGAAAAACCGAAAUUUCCAGAUCUGCUCUGUUUUGUUCCUUCUGUCCGUGCUUCGCUGUGUGUGUGGGUGUGAAUUUUCCAAAUUUCUGAUCCCAAAAAUUUCCCCUACACCUCCGCUGGCUUCCCCCAACCUGCAGCUCCGUUUUGCUUGCUGAAAAUUCUGGUUCUUGAUUGUUCUACCACCCUAGCACUUGGAGUGAGUUUUCUGUGUUAUGUGACUGAGGAAGUGAAAGCCAAGGCAUGGUUAACCAGGGAGAGUGAUGAGCUAGACGGCUAGUCAGUAUUGUGAACUUAGAUCCUUUUUGGGCUUAGGCCAUUAGCCACACAUGCUUGUCAUAGAUAUGAAACGACAAAUCAUUUUUGUAUACUGAGUUUCCCUUGGUUAUAGCCAUGACUGUUUUAUAAACUUUUGUACAUCUG